AUGGCUGAGUAUCUUCCAGUACCAUUUGCUUCUGCAACAUCGAGGGCAGAUAUUCUCAAAGGUGCAAACUAUACAUCAGGAGCAGCCGGUACCCGUGAUGAAUCUGGAUAUACUGAGGGUGCUCGGAUAAGCUUGAAUCUGCAGCUGCUAAAUCACAAAAUUAUAGUAGCAAGAAUUGUGCAGAUAUUAGGAAAUAAGGAAUUGGCUGCUCAACACCUGAGCAAAUGCAUAUACUUGGUCGGAAUAGGCACCAACGACUAUGCGAACAACUACUUCCGACCCCAGUUUUACUCAACCAGCAGACUAUUUACUCCUGAGAGGUAUUCCAUAGUUCUCAUCCAACAAUUGCGUCUACAAUUACAGACAUUGUACAAUCUUGCGGCAAGGAAGCUGGCACUUUCUAGAUUGGGCUUGAUAGGUUGUACUCCUUAUGAAGUGGCUACGUAUGGCACAAAUGGCUGUCCAUGUGUGGACAACAUUAACAACGCCGUCCAACUUUUCAACGCCAGACUUAGAUCUCUUGUAGAUGACCUCAACGCCAAUUUUACCAACACUAAAUCCAUCUACAUUAACAAUUAUGAAAUCCAAUCAUCCACCAUUGCCUCAUCUGGUAAUUUGAUUGUUAGAAAUGCCUCAUGUUGUGCAGUUGCUGCUGGUCAAGUUCUAUGUAUUCCGUUUGGGAAUACCUGUGCGAAUAGGAAUGAAUACGUAUAUUGA